CAAAUCAGCAACCAUUCUUGUUGCCACUUAAGUUUUUCUCUCCUCCAAACCCAAUCAUAUAUACUGUAUUUAUAUACAAAUAUAUAUAUAUAUCUCACAAAAAUAGGCCAGAAAGAAAAAAAAUGGAUUCUUUAGCAGAAGCCCUUCAACCAUUACCAGUGAAUAUGUUGUUAAUCAUUGUCCCUCUCUUGGUAUUGGGACUAAUUUUCCGGUACCGGCGACGGCGGCUUCCAUUUCCACCGGGGCCAAAAGGGUUGCCUAUAAUCGGUAACAUGUCGAUGAUGGACCAGUUAACUCACCGGGGACUGGCCAAACUGGCUGAAAAAUACGGCGGCGUUUUCCACAUGAAGAUGGGUUAUCUUCACAUGGUGGCCAUCUCAUCUCCGGACACAGCUCGUCAAGUCCUUCAGUUACAUGACAACAUCUUUUCUAACCGACCCGCCACCAUAGCCAUACGUUACCUCACCUACGACCGUGCCGACAUGGCUUUCGCUCACUACGGACCCUUUUGGCGUCAGAUGAGAAAGCUCUGCGUGAUGAAGCUCUUCAGCCGAAAAAGAGCCGAGUCUUGGGAGUCCGUCAGGGAUGAAGUUGACAAGACCAUACGGACGGUGGCUAAGAACACCGGCACCACUGUCAACGUCGGCGAGUUGGUGUUUAAGUUGACUAUGGAUAUAACUUACAGGGCAGCGUUUGGUUCGAGCGAACAGGAGAACCAAGACGAGUUUAUAAGGAUUCUUCAAGAGUUUUCGAAGCUUUUUGGUGCUUUCAAUAUCGCUGACUUUAUUCCUUGGCUCACUUGGGUUGACCCUCAAGGUCUUAAUACUAGGCUUCCCAAGGCCCGUAAAGCUCUCGAUGGAUUCAUCGACAGAAUCAUCGAUGAACACAUUGAGAAGCGUGAGAGAACCAAUGGUGUCGUCGACGAUGCCGACGCCGAUAUGGUCGAUGAUUUGCUAGCUUUUUACAGUGACAAGGCGACAGUCAACGAGUCCUCUGAAGACCUUCAAAACGCGAUUAGACUCACAAGAGACAACAUCAAAGCUAUCAUCAUGGACGUGAUGUUCGGUGGUACUGAGACGGUGGCGUCGGCAAUAGAAUGGGCCAUGGCGGAGCUAAUGAAGAGCCCAGAAGACCUAAAGAAAGUCCAACAAGAGAUCGCCGACGUAGUCGGCCUCGACCGGAGACUGGAGGAGAGCGAUUUCGAUAAGCUAACUCUGUUGAAAUGUGCUCUCAAGGAGACACUUCGGCUCCACCCACCGAUUCCACUCCUCCUCCACGAGACGGCGGAGGAUGCUGAGGUGGCAGGCUAUUAUGUGCCGAAGAAAUCGCGUGUGAUGAUCAACGCCUGGGCUAUUGGUCGGGACAAGAACUCGUGGGUCGACCCGGAAACCUACAAGCCCAGUCGGUUCCUGAAGGAGGGUGUGCCGGACUUUAAAGGUAGCAACUUUGAGUUCAUUCCGUUCGGGUCGGGUCGGAGGUCCUGCCCCGGUAUGCAGCUCGGGCUCUACGCCCUGGAACUGGCGGUGGGUCACCUUCUCCAUUGCUUCACAUGGGAGUUACCAGAUGGUAUGAAGCCGAGCGAACUCGACAUGAACGACAGUUUCGGACUCACUGCGCCGAGAACGAAUCGACUCAUGGCCGUACCGAGUAAGCGUGUGGUGUGUCCUAUCUAAUCAAAAUGUGUGAAAUUUGGGCACAUGUGAAUUGGAUUUGAAUUUCAAUGGUUUUAUUAUUACUUUUUUAAAAAAAAAAAAAAAAAAAAUCUUAAUUUCCUUUUUUAUAUUAAAAAUUUGAGAAAAUUUAGAUGAGAAAGGAAAGGAAAGGAACCACAAAAAAUAAAAAUGAAUAAUAAUUGAAAAGAGAAGAGGAAAAAAAAAAAAAAAAAAAGUUCACUUCUCUUUAUUUGUGUAUAACAUCUCUCUUUCAUUUGUCUUUUUAUUAUAUUUGUAUAAACUUUUAUUAUUUUGUACUUUUUAUUUGAUGAAAACAACUCGAAUGAAAAAUUGUUGUUACUCAGAGCAA